AUGUUAUCUGGUAUUCUGAUUUUCAAUCAAAAAGGCGAGAACCUCAUCUUUCGCGCCUUCAGAAACGAUUGCCGACCGCGCCUCGCCGACGUCUUUCGCAUCCAAGUCAUUUCGAAUCCGCAAGUACGGUCACCGAUCCUCACGCUGGGCAGUACGACCUUCAGCCAUGUCAAGCACGAAAACAUCUAUCUCGUAGCGAUCACCAAGAGCAAUGCCAAUGCAGCGCUCGUGUUUGAGUUCCUCUACCGACUCGUCCAGCUGGGCAGGGGCUAUUUCGGCAAAUUCGACGAGGAGGCCGUCAAGAAUAACUUCGUGCUUGUUUAUGAGCUCCUGGACGAAAUCAUCGACUUUGGCUACCCUCAGAACACCGAGACCGACACCCUCAAAAUGUACAUCACAACCGAGGGCGUCAUGUCCCAGAGAGCUCCGGAGGAUUCGGCCAAGAUUACCAUGCAGGCCACUGGCGCCCUGUCCUGGCGCAAAGCAGAUGUCAAGUACCGAAAGAACGAAGCAUUCGUUGACGUUAUUGAGGACGUCAAUUUGCUCAUGUCGGCGACGGGGACUGUCCUCCGCGCUGAUGUCACGGGCCAGAUCAUCAUGCGCGCAUACCUUUCGGGAACUCCAGAAUGCAAGUUUGGACUAAACGACCGCCUUCUACUUGACCACGAUGGCCUGCAAUCUCUCCCCAGUGGAAAUCGGCUCGGAACAAAGGCAACCAAGGCAGCUGCGGGAAGCGUGACGUUGGAAGAUUGCCAAUUCCAUCAAUGCGUCAAGCUCGGAAAGUUCGAUUCGGACCGUAUCAUCUCUUUCAUCCCCCCAGACGGCGAAUUCGAGCUCAUGCGUUACCGAGCGACCGAGAACGUCAACCUACCCUUCAAAGUUCACGCCAUUGUCAACGAAGUGGGAAAGACCAAGGUCGAAUACAGCAUUGGUGUAAAAGCAAAUUUUGGCAGCAAACUGUUCGCCACUAAUGUGGUUGUCAAAAUCCCGACGCCUCUAAAUACUGCACGCAUUACAGAGCGAUGUACACAAGGAAAGGCGAAGUAUGAGCCAAGUGAGAAUGUGAUCAUUUGGAAGAUCGGUCGAUUCAGCGGACAGAGCGAGUUUGUGCUUAGUGCCGAGGCAGAGCUCACAAGCAUGACGAACCAGAAGGCAUGGUCGCGUCCUCCGCUCAGCAUGAACUUCAGUCUUUUGAUGUUCACGAGUUCGGGACUUUUGGUCAGAUAUCUAAAGGUUUUUGAAAAGAGCAACUACUCCAGUGUAAAAUGGGUCAGGUACAUGACGAGGGCAGGGUCCUAUGAAAUCCGGUAA